AUGGAUGAUUACAGAUCAAAAUCUUAUGCUGAUGGUAGGAUGCAAAUGGAUAAAUAUCAUGAACCCCAAUUUUCUAAUGAUUUGAGGUCAGUUGGUGCACCACCUCCAGCCCAUCACAACAAAGAUUUGAAGCUUAAAAAAGGGAAGAGCACUAGUGGGUCAUCUUCAAAAUCUUGGAAUUUCAAUGAUCCUGAGUUUCAGAGGAAGAGGAGAGUUGCUAGUUAUAAAGUUUACUCUGUUGAAGGCAAAGUUAAAGGGUCUUUGAGGAGGAGUUUAAGAUGGUUUAAAGAUAAGUAUACACAGGUUUUAUAUGGAUGGAGGUGA